AUGUUCUCAGCGAUAGAAGAAGGAGACGAAAUCGUUCCUCAAGGCUUCGGAAGCAUUAUGCAAGGAAUUGGUAGAGGUAUUUGGCGAGGUGUUAAAGGUGUUGGGCGUUUCUUUCAAGGAGCACUUGGAUCGAUAGAAGACGGAGACGAAAUCGUUCCUCAAGGUUUGGGAGGCUUUUUCAGAGGACUUGGUAGAGGUAUUGUGCAAGGUUUCAAAGGUGCUGGGCGUUUAAUUCAAGGAACACUUGGAGCAUUGCCACCAGUGAAUAUCAACUAUAUGCCUAUGACAUCUGGAGGAUCAUAUGGAUCUGGAUAUGGUCAAGGAUAUCCACAGCAAGGAUACUAUCCACAGCAAGGAUAUCCACAGCAAGGGUACUAUCCACAAGGAUACGGAUACUAAUGAGCUAGUACUGAUGUGAUAUCAUUCUGUUGAGCUAGAACAGAAGAAGUAUAAA